GAUUUCGAUUCAAUUCAUCAUAUUUCAUUCUUCUCGGUUUAUCCUUACAUAAUAUCUCGAUCAAAUAUCAUUUCUUCUAUCAUGAAGAAAAUAAGAGGUUUCAAUCCUCUAUGGGUACCAAUCGUAUUUAUGAGCUGUAGUUUAGUCGCAAUAGUAUUGUGUAUUGUUAGUACGAAUCCUCUAUGGGUACCAAUCGCCCUUAUGAGUUGUGCUUUAGUCACAACGGUAUUGUGUAUAGUUGCUCUGGAUUAUCUAUGGGGACCAAUCGCAUUUAUACGAUGGAUUUUACUCGAAACAUUACUCUGGAUUUCUUUUGUGGAUGAUUCCCCCUUUCAAUCGACUACUGAUAAUCUCAAAUUUGGACUUGUCCCUAGGAGAGGAUGGGGCUGUAAGCUGGUGUUUAUCGUCGCGAAAAUGAAGUUAAUUCAAGGAAGACCUCGAAUCGCCCGCAGAAAUAGCACUACCGGUCAACCCUCGAGUUCUUUAUUCCCGAGUAAUGGAAGGAGAAGAUCUCAAAUCACUCGUAGGCAAAGCACUACUGAUCUACCCUCGAAAGCUUUGUGGUCAAAAACACAGUAUAAGCUAGCCUCUUUAAUGGGUAUACCUCCCGAAAUUCGCCUCAUGAUCUAUGAUCACAUUUUUCCAUCUGAAAUUGAGCCCAUGAGUUGGACUUGCGAUCAAUAUAUAUCUUGUUCUGAACCGCAUGUACGUUGUAAGCACAAUGUGCAGAAUGAAAGAUGUUUCAAAUCACCCUUGUUGCAAGUUCACCCGAAAAUCUAUCGAGAAGCUAAGAGGCUUCUAUGGAACCGUGCUGUCUUUGGACUCGGGUGCGAUGAUCAUGCAAAUCGUUCACUCAGAUCUAUGAGCUGGAUUUCUCGUAGACUUAUCAAGCGCAUCGAAAUAUGUCCAGUAGUUGAUCACAACUUUCGAAUUCGUCUGGCAAAUAUGUCUGCAUCAAUCCCAACGAUGAACGCAAUGGCUCGAGAUGGACUUUUGGAAUCUAUAACUAUACUUGUACCGCCUUUUCAACUUCGGUGUAUUAUGGACGAGAAAUUGAAUGGUACAUUCCAGUUUGAUCUGUUGCGAUCAUUCGGUAAUGCACGAACUUGGUCAUGCAAAAGGAUCAUGAGAAUAUCGGUUUUCGAGAGUUACGAAGAACUCCUUAAUCCUAUUCUCCAGCCCAAAGUAAGCAGUAUUAAUCAUGGCACGAUUAUUCAAAACUAUAAAGAUUUGUUUGAGAAAUUGCAUCAGGCUUGGGGUGGAACACUUUAUCUUGGCAAUACGUUGGUUUGGGAGAAUGGCCGUCAUGUCUACAGAGCUCCCCCAUCACCAGUGACGCCUCGAAAACCAUUUCAAGAGAUGAUAAAGAAAAGCAAUGCAGCGAGAAAGGUUUUAUCCUAGGACAAAGACUUUUGUUAGGCUGUAUAAUUCUAGUAUCCA